AUGCUUGUUAAAAUGACCGGUUUUGUAAAUUGCAAAGGACCAGACAGUAUACUAGUAAAGAAAGAAAUAUGCGGAUCAUUUAAUAGCUAUUUACGAGGUAAAUUUUCUAAAUUCGUUUCUAGCCGACACGGAGUAAAAGCAAAAUUACCUUAUCGUUUGGAUUAUAUGAACAAAAUGGGCCAACGAAUCGUACAAGUUAUUGAAAAGGAAGAUUUGGAAAUUAUAAAUAAAAAAUAUAAAAAUCCUGUAGCUAUUCCGUACAAAGUGGAACUGGCAGACGUUAAAUUGGGCGAUUUGUUAGAAAAACUUCCAGAAAUAUUUUAG